CUCUCGACACCACGACAAUCGUCACGAUGCCGAGCCACAAGUCCUUCCGCACGAAGCAAAAGCUCGCGAGAGCCCAAAAGCAAAACAGGCCGAUUCCUCAAUGGAUCCGAUUGAGAACUGGUAACACGAUCAGAUACAACGCAAAGCGAAGACAUUGGCGCAAGACCCGUAUCGGCAUCUGAACAACUCUCCUCCUUCAUCCUGUGCGAACCUUCUCCUUCAUCAUCUCGUCAGCCCCACCUUUUCUCCUCUACGAAACGAUACGAACUAGCUAGAUGGAAAGUUUGUCGUGAUGGAUUGAUGGAUUUAGGGAUGAGGUUUGCAUUGGAGGGCUGGGUGGUGUGGUGCAGUGCUUGAUGUGAUGCACUUUUCAUGGUUGGGGAUGGACGG